AUGGCAACAGCUUCUGCAAUUUCAAGAAAUGUACCUUUUGUUCUUCCCAUAUACAAUUCUUCAAGAAUUUCCCAUCUAAAUCAUCUAAAUAUUGGCAAAAAUCCGAGAAACAUCCGAUCAAAAUCUCUAGCAGUAGCUUCUGAUGAUCCUCAGAAAAGUCACUCCAAUCGGAGUGUUAUUGUUAAAUCUAUGGAAUCAACCAGUGGUUCAACCUCUACUGGCAUUCUAAGCAUGGUGUUUAAAGUGUUGCAUUUAAUAGUUUCACUUGGAAUCAUACUGGCCAUGGAUCAAUAUUUGAAGAAAGCAUUCAUAGCAGCUGCCAUCAAGUUCCCAAGUGCUCUAUUUGGGAUGUUUUGUGUAUUCACCAUUUUAAAUGUUCUUGAUUUCAUUGUCCCUGCCGCGGCAACUGGCUUGAUGAACUUCUUUGAGCCUGCGCUUCUGUUUAUUCAGAGGUGGCUUCCAUUGUUCUAUGUACCUUCUCUGGUGGUCUUACCUCUGGCUGUUAAAGAUAUUCCUGCAGCUUCUGGCCUCAAAAUUGUUUUCAUUAUAGUUGCGGGUUGGCUGGCUUCACUCUCUGUUGCAGGUUUUACAGCUAUAGCAGUGAGAAAGAUGGUAAAGACUGAAAUGAUACCAGCGGAGCCUAUGUCAAAGCCUUCUCCAUUUUCUUCAUUGGAAUUGUGGACAUGGAGUGCGAUUUUUCUUAUAUCAUUUGUGUCCGCAUUUCUAUACCCCACGGUGCUUGGAACAAAUGCCAGAACAUGCCUGCCUUUUCUCCUCUCCUCUACUGUAUUAGGCUAUAUAAUUGGUUCUGGGCUUCCAUCUGAUGUGAAGAAGAUUUUCCAUCCCAUUAUUUGCUGUGCACUAUCGGCAGAUCUUGCAGCAUUGGCUUAUGGACAGCUUUCACAGUCGGGACUUAAUUCUGUUUUAGGAUAUUAUCUUACAAAGGCCUCAUCUAAUCCUGGAGCUGGCGAUAUUCUAAUGGGAUUUCUGGGAUCAGUAAUUAUCUCCUUUGCCUUCUCAAUGUUCAAACAGAGAAAGCUUGUUAAGAGGCAUGCUGCAGAAAUAUUCACCUCUGUCAUCCUUUCAACUGUGUUUUCUUUGUAUUCAACUGCUCUCGUUGGUCGCCUUAUUGGAUUAGAACCAGAUUUAACUAUAUCCGUUCUACCAAGAUGCAUAACUGUUGCACUCGCUCUCAGCAUCGUCUCCUUUUUUGAAGGUGCCAAUUCAUCUCUAACUGCUGCUGUCGUUGUACUUACUGGACUGGUCGGUGCUAAUUUUGUUCAAACUACGCUGGACAAAUUUGGCUUCCAAGAUCCUAUUGCUCGAGGAAUUGCAACUGCAUCGAGUGCACAUGGACUGGGAACAGCAGCAUUAUCGGCGAAGGAACCCGAGGCUCUUCCAUUUUGUGCGAUUGCUUAUGCCCUUACUGGCAUUUUCGGUGCCAAUUCAUCUCUAACUGCUGCUGUCGUUGUACUUACUGGACUGGUCGGUGCUAAUUUUGUUCAAACGACGCUAGACAAAUUUGGCUUCCAAGAUCCUAUUGCUCGAGGAAUUGCAACUGCAUCGAGUGCACAUGGACUGGGAACAGCAGCAUUAUCGGCAAAGGAACCCGAGGCUCUUCCAUUUUGUGCGAUUGCUUAUGCCCUUACUGGCAUUUUCGGUUCUUUGAUUUGCUCUGUUCCAGCUGUUAGACAAAGCUUGCUAGCAAUAGUUGGCUGA